UGCAACUGGUCCUGGCAGGCAUCCAGAAGGGACAAAUUCCCCCCUGGAAUUGCGGAGAAUGAUGACUGGUUUGUUGUGGAAUUUGUCCUCCAAUGACCAGCUGAAGCACCUGUUGAUUAGAGAAGCCCUGCAGACGCUGACUGAAGUAGUUCUCAUCCCUUACUCGGGCUGGCCAGAUCGAGAUUACCCGAAGUCAAGCGUUUUACCUGACCCUGAUAUCUUCUACAAUGCCACAGGAUGCUUGAGAAACAUGAGCUCUGCCGGCCCAGAAGGAAGAAAAAAGAUGAGAGAAUGUGACGGCUUGAUUGAUUCUCUUGUGUAUUAUAUUCAAGGAGCUAUUGCAGACCACGAGCCUAAUGACAAGGCCACAGAGAACUGUGUGUGCAUUCUUCACAAUCUUUCCUACCAGCUAGAGAUAGAGCUCCCUGAGAGCUAUGCCCAGAGCAUAUAUAUGCAAAGAAGAAAUAUUUCUAGCAAUGACAAAACACCGGGCUGUUUUGGAACACGGAGCAGAAAAGUGAAAGAGAAGCAGCAGGACACCCCGCUGCCUGAGGAAAAGAGCAAUCCCAGAGGUGUUGAAUCACUCUGGCAUUCCACACUGAUUAGGAUAUAUCUCUCCUUAAUAGCAAAGAGUACCAGAAACUACACCCAGGAGGCAUCCCUGGGAGCUCUUCAGAACCUCACAGCUGGCACUGGACCGAUGCCGUUUGCUGUGGCCCGGACUGUUGUUCAGAAAGCAAAUGGCCUUCCAAGUAUUCGAACUAUGCUGCAUGUAAGCCACCCGACAGUAAAGAAGACAGCAGUCUCACUGCUCAGGAACUUGUCUCGAAACACCUCUCUGCAAAAUGAUAUAGCUAGAGAAGUUUUGCCCGAUUUGGUCUCGAUACUUCCUGAGUCUGUUCCGGGGUCUGAUAUUGUCUGUGAAACCACAGCGUCCAUCUGCUACACCUUGUACAAUUUGACACAGAGCAGUUCGCACAAUGCACGGCUUCUCCUGAGUGCUGAUGGCCUACCAAAAAUUAUUGCCAUCAGCAUGAAUGACAGUAACAUGGUCAGCAAAGCUAGUAGGGCUGCUUCAGUCCUCCUCUACUCCUUGUGGUCACACACCGAUCUCCACAGUGCUUACAAAAAGGCUGACUUUAAGAAGGCAGAUUUCAUCAAUACCCGGACCACGAGAGCCUACAACUCACUAAAAGACUGA